AUAGGGUCUUCUAAUUGAGAAAGGAGGAGGCACCAGCCAAGAAACAACCAGGAAGAUUCAUAUGUAUCUAUGUAUGUACUUUGACACUCUACUCAUAGUCACUCAAAACAUCACUGUGUUGAAGAUCUCACCACUGUCUACACUCUCUUCCUAAUUUUCAAUGACUUCUUCUUCUUCUUUAUUGGAUGCUCCCAGAAUCAAACAUGAUGUCUUCAUCAGCUUCAGAGGAGAAGACAUCCGCACUUCUUUUCUUAGCCAUUUGAGGAAAGAGUUGCAUCGUAACCAUAUAGAUUUCUUCGUGGACGACGAGAAACUGCACCCUGGAGAUGACAUUUCAUCCACGCUUAUCCAAGCCAUUGAAGAGUCUUCUAUUUCCUUAGUCAUCUUUUCGGAAAACUAUGCUUCUUCAACUUGGUGCUUGAAUGAACUUGUGAAAGUAAUUCAAUGCAUGAAGCAAGAUCAAAGGAUUGUGAUACCUGUUUUCUACAACGUUGUUCCCUCUGAUGUGCGGCAUCAGAAUAAUUCCUUUAAGGAGGCUUUUGAUAAACACCAACAAAGAUUGAAGGGAAGUAUGAUGAAGGUGCAAAGUUGGAGAUUUGCUUUAAAGGAAGCUUCUAGUUUAUCUGGAUUUCACUAUCCAUCGAAAUAUCAGGAUGAAUCUAAAUUCAUUGAAGAAAUUGUGAAUGAUAUUUCAGAGAAAUUGUCAUAUAUUUUCUCAAUAGAAUCCAAAGGUCUUGUUGGAAUUGAUGAUAGUUUUACAUGUAUUGAAUCAUUAUUGGAAAUUGAAUCGAGCGAGGUCCGAAUCAUAGGAAUUUGGGGGAUGGGAGGAAUAGGUAAAACUACUAUUGCUGAAUUCUUGUUUGACAAAUAUUCUUCUCAUUAUGAAGGCAGUUGUAUGUUGAAAAAUGUAAGAGAAGAAUCACAAAAGUUUGGUGUGCCUUUUUUAUGUGAGAAACUUAUUUCUGAGUUAUUAGCCGGAGAAAGCCUUGUUUUGAAAGGAUCAUCCAGAGCAAGAUCCGCUUUUAUCCAGAGAAAGUUGAGUCGAAAAAAAGUUUUCAUAGUGCUUGAUGAUAUGGAUACAUUAGAACAGUUUGAACAUCUUGCUACACAAUGGUUGGGACCAGGUAGUAGGAUCAUUGUAACUACCAGAGACAAGCAUGUCCUUGGAAAAGUUCAUGGAAUAUAUGAGCUCCAGGGCUUGAGUUUUGAAAAUUCCCUCAAGCUUUUUUGCUUGAAUGCUUUUGACAAACCCUGUCCUGAAGCUGGAUAUGAAGAGGUUUCUAAAAUGGCAGUCAAUUAUGCAAAAGGCGUUCCAUUGGCUUUAAAAGUUUUGGGUUCUUAUUUAUAUUCUAAAACUGUAGAAGAAUGGGAGAGUGCUUUGGGAAAACUCAAGAUUUAUCCUAAUCUAGACAUUUUUAACGUCUUAAAAUUGAGUUAUGAUGGGCUAGAUGAGUUAGAGCGGGAGAUAUUCCUCGACAUUGUAUUUUUUUUCAAAGGAGAAGAUAAGGAUGUUGUUGUACCAUUUCUAGAAUCCUGUGGUUUCUUUCCUGCUAUUGGCAUAGGCAACCUUUCACGUAAAGCUCUUAUAACGAUUUCAAAGGAUAGUACAAUAGAAAUGCAUGAUUUGAUAGAGCAAAUGGGUCGAGAAAUAGUUCGUCAAGAAUCAAUUAAAGACCCUGGAAGACGUAGCCGCUUAAGUAACCAUGAGGAUGUCUACAAUGUACUGAACAAUAAUAAGGGAACAGACUCAGUUGAAGGCAUUAUGUUGGACUUGUCUCAAAUUAAAAGAGAUCUACAUUUAGAUGCCGACACUUUUAAAAGGAUGCCUAAUAUAAGGUUUCUUAAAUUUUAUGAUUCAUGGAGGCAAAAAGAAUCAGCAAAUGUGCACGUUUCUUCAACUUUUGAUUCAUUUCCAAAGGAACUAAGAUACUUGGAGUGGAGUGGCUGCCCUGUGAAGUCUCUUCCGCCAAAUUUUUGUGCUGAGAAGCUUGUUAAGCUUUCUAUGCCAGAUAGCCAAGUUUCUAAACUUUGGGAUGGAGUUCAGGAUCUUGUAAAUUUAAAGAAGAUUAACCUUAGGGGAUGCAAGCAGCUAGUGGAGCUUCCAGAUUUUACUCAUGCAUCAAACCUUGAAGAAAUAUACCUCAUUGAAUGCGUAAGGUUGUUUGAACUUCAUCCAUCCAUUUUAUCCAUCCACAAGCUCGAAACUUUAAGUGUUUGGGGUUGCAAAGCACUAAAGAGUCUUAAAAGCAAUAUCCAUUUAAAAUCUCUUAAAAAACUCGAUGUUCGUUACUGCUCAAGCUUGAAGGAAUUUUCAUUGUCAUCAGAGAAAUUAAGAAGUUUGGAUUUCAGAGGGACAGGAAUUGAUAAGUUGUACUCAUCAGUUAGCCAUCUAACGAAACUUGUAGAGUUUGAUCCGAGUAAUGUGAGACUUGAAACUCUUCCAAACGAAGUGUGUCUCUUGGUAUCCCUUGAGGUACUAAAUCUUGAAGGCUGCAAACAGUUGAUUGAACUCCCUCAAAGUAUGAAAGUCUUAUCGCGGUUACAAGAACUCAACUUAGAGGAUUGCUUCAGCCUUCAAUCCUUACCGGAACUUCCACCAUCUCUUAUACAUUUAUCUGCCACAAACUGCAGAUCGCUGGAGAAAUUGUUCAAUAUAAAGACAGUAUUCAGCUUAAAUCUAAAAUCCAUCUCUUUUGAAAACUGCGAGAGGCUUGAUGAGCAUUCAUUCUUAGAAUAUGUGCAUCUUACAAUGAUGGGAGUAGCAAUUAGAGAUAUAUUGGCUGACAUGCUGCAAUACAAAAUUGAACCUGAUGCUGAUGAUGACGAUAUUACGUUCUUCCCUGAAUCCAACAGUCAGGUUUUUUAUCCCGGAAGCAAGGUUCCACCAUGGUUCAUAUAUCAGACAAGAGAGGCUUCAGUAACUAUUGACCUUCCUGCAGAUCAACCAUUGAACCAGCUAGUUGGUUUCAUUCUCUGUUGUGUUGUUUAUCAUAUUCCUUCCCAUAUAGAGUCUCCCACCACUAGUCGUGCUUUUUCUUCAAAACGGCCUCCCAGAAUCCGUUGUCAAUACGGUGAUUUUGGGUAUAGCAAACAGUUUGCUAGAACGAGUCGAUGGAACUCAGAUCAUGUUUGCAUAUGGUUUCGACAUGAUGCUCAUAAUCGUCAUUGGCAUGGCAACAAUGCCACAUUUAAAUUCAAAGCGGAAACUCUAUCUCCAUUCAAACAUGAAACUCUACGUGAAGAUUAUACGCCAUGGAGAAGACGUAUCCCAUAUGAAUGGAGGGUCAUAGAGGAAUGGGAGGUCAUAGGGUGCGGGGUUUACCCAAUAUAUGCCGCAGACAUCCUUGAUGUCUUUCAAAAAGUGGAUCCUCAGUUCCAGUUUUUUAGAGAUAAAGGCAGUUUGGAAGGGGAAUUUGGGAUUGGGAGGACUUCUCAAUCGGUUUACACUCUCGACGAAGUCAAGACAAGGAUGAUUCACAAGAUGGAAGCAGACCAAAAAAGGUUCUCAUCGGUUUCCAGGAUUUGUCAAAUUUCUAAUAACAGGACCAGGAUGUCACUGGUUUCCUCAAAACCACAAGAAGUAUCUCAAAGUUUGAAUGAAGAAGAAAACCAAGUCGAUCAGAGAAACAGUUCUCCAUUACCUAGGCGUUUGGUUAGGAAGAUGUUUAAGUGCUUGUUUGGGUGUUGUUAAGUUGAUAUCUUUUUUCAAUAAAAAAAUUACUUUUAUUUUUUCAUAAAAUUUUAAAAAAAAAUAUAACUCGAAAAAAGAUAUUUUCUUAAAAACUCAUUCAAAUAAGCACUAAACAUUUUCGAAAAUAGUAAGAGUAAAUUACUUCUUUGAUCAGUGGAAGCUUAAUUAGUUUUUGGUUUGAGGAAUGCUGCCAAGAAAUCACUUCCUUGAUAGGUGAAGGCCGGGAGAUUACUACGUCGGUCCUCUUCUAUUGCAUGUUGUGAUAAAAGGCUUGGAAUAUUCACGCUGCUUUAGAUUUUAAUAUUGGAGUAUCUAAGGGAAAAGUCCUUCCCAUGGUUGUUGCUUGUUGGCAAUGAAGUGAUUUAUGCUUUUUAACUUAAUUCAUACUUGUUUAAGAAAUUAAGGUAAUCUUAUUAAUCUUUUAUCAGAAUUGUGUCUAUUCAAUUAGUUUUGAUGUUUAUUAAUUACUUAAGUCGAUGUACAUCUGAUUUUUAAACUGUUGGAUGGUGUUAUAUCUGAAUGGAGAGGCAGCUCUUAUUCUGCAGAUGCCCUUUUGAACUGUGACUCUCAGCAUGUUAUUCAUCUUAUCCAUUGAAGAUUGAACAUUGAAAGUGAUACAUAGAAAGUAGUAACACUAAGGAAAAUGUAAGUGAUAAAGCCACUAACACUUGUCCAUAAGUAUACAUUCUUGGCUUUCAUGUAUCUAGUUGAUAUUUCUUACUACGGUCAUGAAGUAGAUGUUGAUUCACCUAAUCCAAUUAAGUUUCAUUAAAGGGAGUUCUUGUUCUCCUGGAUUUGAUUUUAUGUUUGCUUCCCCGGAGACAAUUCAGCUUGCCUCCAUGAAGUGACAUCAUGAUUGGUUAUUUGCAAAACAAGAAGUUUGUUCAGUUGAGAUAGGUAUUAGCUUGUAGCCUCUUCUUUAAUGGAUAGGGAAAUGCUUCGAAAAAUGGUGUGAAAAUCGUUGGAACUCAGAGCAUCUAUGUUCACCAACCCGUGGAUAGUUGGUGCUAGUAAUGUUAAUACUUAAAUAGUCAAUUUAUUAAGUUUUGUAGCACUAGGUGAGAUUGCCUAAAAUUUGUAAGUCCAUUCUGAAUCUUUAAA